AUUGGGAGGGGGUGCUUCUCUCUUGCCGGUUACUCCGGUGCUUUCGCUUUUCCGAGUCCAGUGUGUUUCGCCACCCGAGAAACCCGCGUGCCUUGCGUUCGAACGCGAAGUGCCUGAGAACUGACCCGACAGAACGGCAAAUAUGUCCACGCAAAGGACAAUGUUGGUGAACAAGCAGUUCAACUCGCCUAUCAAUCUUUACUCGCCACAAACGAUACAGGAAACAUUGGACAGGCAGACGCAAGUUUUGUCCAACGGUGCGGUCGGGAUCGACUUCAAUCAGUUAGCCAAACCGGCUAACUUGCAGAACAGCGCGGUUCUACGGAUGCUCGAGGAGGAGGAAGCCAGGCAACGAAAUGGCCAACCAACUCUUAAACGAGUAGCUUGGCCACCACCGCCCGAAGAACAGGAUUACGAGUUUGUGGAACAAGGACCAGUACAGGCGAAGACCCGUGGAAUCGGUGAGUUCGCCUCGUACCAGAGCAGUCCCUCGUCAGGUUCGUCACCUCAACCACCGUCGACGAUCGCUCGUUCGUCGACGCGGAGUGCCGUCCCAUCGUCCCCGUCACCGGUUAGUCCUGGUGGAACUCUGCGACAGCCUUCACACUUCCAACAGCAACUUCUGCCGAAGGGUUGGGCCCCUGUAACGCCUCCUGCGACGUCCCCGAUAUUGCAGCAGCCGAUCCAUCCGGUUUCCUGGUCUAGUCAACAACAGCAAAAUCAACGACCGCAGCAACAACCACAAGAUUUUUACUCGUCGCAACGACAAUCACAAAAUCCAACCCCUGUUGCGUUCGAAGCACCACCAUCCACAAUCAUACUUCGUCCGGAGCCUCCAAUCUCGCAGGCACCAGCCCCAGUUUACCAAGCACAACCUGCCGCAACAAAGGCUCCAGUUAGUGGAAACAUGAGAGGAGACCUAAAGUGGCCACCACCAUCGGUGAAAGCUCAAACAGAAGCUGAAAACAAAGCCAGGAUGGAUUUGGCGAAAGGACCUGCAGUCAGACCUCGCAGAGUACAUAAGGAUUACAGCGGUUUCUUUGCUCAACAUGCCUUGAACAGCACGUACCCUGGUUACCGAGCUCCACCAGGCACUCAAUAUUUCACCCCUUCCUACCAGCAGCAUUAGCGAAUCUUGCUUGAAGAUUAUUUACUUCCUUCUAAAUGUCCUGAGACUGACACUUUGUAAUGAAUAUCUGGAAUCUUUGAAUCAGAAUUUAAACGUAUGCAGAAAUUAAUUAAAAUUUUAAUUGUGGUGAAGUAUGAAGAUUUUGUAUGGUAAACGUGUAAAAUUGAAAGGAUCUAUAUCAUCUGUACCAAACACAGAUACUCAACACGUUGAUGACAUUGUAAACUAUAGAAAAAACGAAUACAUUAAAUUUCAUAAUUAUCAUAGAUGAAAUAUUUAGAAUUUUUGUUUUAUUCCUAUUUUUGUCAAAAAUGUUAUUUACUUUUAAUCUCGUAGUCUUUUAUUAAUAUCAUCAAAAAUUUCAAGAUCUUUCACACGAAAUGAAUUUUUUCCACCUUGUUUAAAGUUUAUCCACAUUUAAAAUGUAUCCAUAUUACAAUUUUCAUACUUUUGCUAUACGAAUAUUUUUCUCUCAUCACAUAUGUGUAUAAUAUUCAAUACAAAAUCACUCAGGACUGUUCUCGUUGGAUUUCGAAAUUUGUACAUUAAAAAAAUAGAAAAAGAACCAAACGAAUGACCGACUAACAUUAUAUAUAUAUAUUUAUAUAUAUAUAUAUAUAUAUAUAUAUAAUAUAUUUAAAUAUCUUUUAAUUAGGAUUAUUCUUAUAUGUAUAGGACUUAGGACUACACAUGGAUUACAGGGUACGUGUUCUUGCUCUUUCAGUUCUUUGUCCAAAAUUAGCUUUAUACUUUCACGAGAUAUAAUUUUUAAGGUUCUUAGAGUGUUUUCUGUUCGAAUUUCGAAUUUCAACAAUAACUUGUAUAUACUGAGACUGAUCAAAUGAUUGCUUUUUAUCGAACGCUAAUCAGUAAUGUAGCAUUACAAACUGUUAUCGUGCACUUGUUUUGAAUUUAACGAUGAACAUAGCAUUGUGGCAAAAAAA